AUGAGCGUCUACGUGCUCAAUUUGGCCGAAGCUGAAGGGAAUAUGGUAAAAGGCGAAUCAUAUAAAUUCAUUCGGAUGGCUGACGAUCUUCACGAUGUUGCUACUUAUCUUGCUGACAUGCGACUAUGCUUUAUAUUGGUAACUGCAACGGGUUACCUACUUCUUUUCAUAUAUCUAAUCAUGCUCUGUAUUCGACGCAACAGGCGGACUCAACCGCGUCGUCGAAAUUGGGACUAUCAGUUAGAGAACCAACGAGAAUACAGUAACACCGGACAACAGAACACUGAAGAUUUAGUGGGUGUUCGCAGCGAUGGAAAUGCAAGUUACAUGGGAAGAAAUCAUCUCGGGAGAGGUCAUACCAACACGGCACCGUCUUUCAUGAGGCAUGGCCAUAUAAAUCAUCAACAAACAACUCGACUGAUGGCUGAUCAGGAUGGUUCGGUAGUGAAACACCAAAUCCCACACAUUACGACAGAACCUCCGACGGAAGAGAGCAAGGCAAAGGUACCACAGCUGGUUAAGGAUUCUAUUGAAUCCUGA